AAGAAUAUAACAGCUGUCUCAGGAAUGUUUAUUGCCAUACAAUGACUAAAAUAAAUUCCAUCAUCUUCUAUGUUAUCAUUGUCUUGGGAUCGAUACUUAUCAAUAUCCUAUUAUCCAGUGGAAGUGAACUUAUCAUUAAGAGGCCGAGAGCAAACCUCACCCAUGUUCCCAAGGACCUACCCUUGACAACAACUACUUUAGAUCUAUCACAAAACAAUAUAUCUGAACUCCAGACUUCUGACAUCCUCUCGCUGUCCAAGCUGAGGGCCUUGGUGAUGUCCUACAACAGACUCCGGUACCUUGAUAUCGGUGUUUUCAAAUUCAACACGGAACUGGAAUAUUUGGAUUUGUCCCACAAUGAGUUAAGGGUGAUUUCUUGCCACCCCACAGCCAACUUCAAGCAUUUAGAUCUUUCCUUCAAUGCGUUUGAUGCCCUUCCCAUAUGCAAAGAGUUUGGCAACAUGUCCCAGUUAAAAUUUCUGGGACUGAGUGGUAGUCAGGUGCAAAGCGUGAGUGUGCAGCCAAUUGCUCAUUUGAAUAUCACUGAGGUUUUGCUGGUGUUAGGAGACACUUACGGGCAAAGAGAAGACCCUGAAUGUCUUCAGCACAUUAACACUGGGGCUCUGCAUGUUGUUUUCCCCGAGAAAAGAGAAUUUCGUUUUACGCUGGAUGUAUCAGUCAGCACUGUAAACAGUUUGGAACUAUCUAACAUCAAGUGUGGACCUGGAAACUCUAAUUGUUCUUAUUUCUUAAGUGUUUUGUUAAAGCUUAGAAAGAAUCCGGGGCUAUCAAGUCUUACCUUAAACAACAUUAACACAACAUGGAAUUCCUUCCUUGAUAUCCUCCAGUCUGUUUGGCAUGCACCCGUAAAGUAUUUCUCAAUUUCAAACAUGACACUACAAGGUCAAGUUGAGUUCAGAAAUUUCAAUUAUUCUGGCACUUCUCUAAAGGCGUUGUCAAUACAUCAAGUUGUCAGUGAAGUGUACAGUUUACCACAAAAAUACAUUUAUGGUAUCUUUUCCAAUAUGAACAUCCAAAACUUCACGGUGUCUGGAACACGCAUGCUCCACAUGCUUUGCCCGUUAAAAGUUAGCCCAUUUCUGUAUUUGGACUUCACAGAUAACCUCUUAACAGACUUGGUUUUUGAAGAUUGCAGAAACUUAAUUAAAUUGAAAAUACUUAGUUUACAAAAGAACCAGUUAAAAAAACUCGAAAAUAUAAUUCUUAUGUCUGUGGAGAUGAAAUCACUGCAAAAACUAGACAUUAGCCAGAAUUUUCUACAGUACAGCGAGGAGGAAAACCUAUGCUCCUGGACGGAGAGUUUGCUAGUUUUAAAUUUGUCCUCAAAUAUGCUUACUGACUCUGUCUUCAGAUGCUUGCCCCCAAAGGUCAAGGUCCUUGACCUUCACAACAACAGAAUAAUGAACAUCCCUAAAGAUAUCACCUACCUGCAAGCUUUGCAGGAACUCAAUGUUGCAUCCAAUUCUUUAGUGGACCUUCCCGGAUGCGGGGCCUUCGGCAGCCUUUCUGUGCUGGUCAUCGAGCAUAAUUCAGUUUCCCAUCCCUCAGUGGAUUUCUUCCAGAGCUGUCAGAAGAUCAGGUCCUUAGCAGCAGGGAACAACCCAUUCCGAUGUACAUGUGAGCUGAGAGAGUUUAUCAAAAACAUAGGCCACGUGUCAGGAGAAGUGGUAGAGGGCUGGCCCGAUUCUUACAGGUGUGACUCCCCAGAAAGCACUAAGGGGACCCCACUGCAGGACUUCCAUAUAUCUCCAUUGUCCUGUGAUACUGUUCUGCUGAUUGUCACCGUCGGGGCCACUUUGCUGGUGUUGGCUGCCAUCAUGGCUUUCCUCUGGCUCUACUUUGAUCUGCCCUGGUACCUAAGGAUGAUGUGUCAGUGGACACAGACCCGGCACAGGGCCAGGAACGUCCCCGAAGAGGAACUCCAGAGGAAACUCCAAUUCCAUGCUUUUGUCUCAUACAGUGGACAUGAUUCCACCUGGGUGAAGAAUGAAUUACUACCAAACCUAGAGAAAGAUGGCAUACGGGUUUGCCUCCAUGAGAGAAACUUUAUCCCUGGCAAGAGCAUCAUGGAGAAUAUCAUCCAUUCCAUCGAGAAGAGUUACAAGUCCAUCUUUGUGUUGUCUCCCCACUUCAUUCAGAGUGAGUGGUGCCAUUAUGAGCUCUACUUUGCCCAUCACAGUCUCUUCCACGAAGGCUCUGAUAACUUAAUCCUGAUCUUGCUGGAGCCCAUUCCACAGUACUCCAUCCCUAGCAACUACCACAAACUUAAAUCUCUCAUGGCGCAGCGGACUUACUUGGAAUGGCCUAUGGAGAACAGCAAACAUAGACUUUUUUGGGCAAACCUAAGAGCAACCAUUAAUGUCAAGCUGGUUAGCCAAGCAGAAACUACAUGUCACAUACAGAGAUAAGAAUAUUCACCUCAUCAGGCUUGCCGCUUUGGGCAGUUCUGAUAGUGGUGCUAUUGGCAUCCUCAUGAACUUAAGAAUGAUCUGACAUUAUAAUGUAGGAAUUAGUGAUUUUAA